AACCCUACUUUCAUAGUGGCUCAGAAGCAGAACUCGCGGCUUCCUUCUUCAUCCACGUGCAAACCCUAGCGGCCUCCCAGGCAGAAGCCGACGUCGCUGCGCUCUCUCAGCCACCAUGGGACGCGUUCGCACGAAGACAGUGAAGAAGUCCUCCCGCCAAGUGAUCGAGCGCUACUACUCGCGCUUCACCCUCGACUUCCACACCAACAAGAAGGUUCUGGAAGAGGUGGCCAUCAUCCCGUCGAAGCGCCUCCGCAACAAAAUCGCCGGAUUCUCGACGCAUCUCAUGAAGCGGAUCCAGAAAGGGCCCGUUCGAGGCAUCUCGCUCAAGCUCCAGGAGGAGGAGAGGGAGCGCCGCAUGGACUUCGUCCCCGAGCAGUCUGCCAUUAACACUGACGUCAUUCAGGUUGACAAGGAGACCAUGGAUCUCCUCACUUCUUUGGGCAUAGCCGAUCUUCCAGGAGUGGUGCAGAGGGUGGAGGAGACCGCCCCUGUUGCAGCCGUCGACACUGCAAUUGCCGGCGGUCGCGGUGGAUUUGGAGCUGGCCGCCCUGGAUUUGGUCGUGGUGGAUUUGGGGGUGCUGGCGGUGACCGGUACUGAAAUGCUUCUGUUUCUAUUGAGUAUUAAUUGUUCUAGUCUACACAACACCUCGUGAAUGUUUUAAUUUGUGCUACUUAUUUAAAGGUUUGAGCCUUUUUAUAUUUUUCAUGUUUGCACUCUGAUAAGUUUUUGUCUGGUUUUGAGAUUAUUAGCAUUUCUCUGUUUCUCUAUUUUUCUUUUCUUGAACUAAUCUCUGUGGUUUUGAGUGCUGAUCUUAAAACAAAACUAAUUUCUACAAAAAAAAAGCCUUAUUUUG